AUGAGUUCACCGCCAUGGACAUACAACACCCCGCCGGGGACGGAUACUGAUGGACCCAAGAUUGCGACUAUUGCAAUUGUGUUCACGGCCUUGUCGUUGGUCAUUAUGGCCUUGCGGCUGUAUGUCCGCAUGGUGAUGCUGAAGGCAACUGGGUCCGAAACAAAAUGGGGCCUUGGCCUGAAGAAGUUGACCGACAUGCCGGAAGAGAAUCUCUAUGAGUUCGGCCUUCUGCAAUACGCCGGUGCUCCAUUCUACAUCUCGAGCAUUCUUGGAUUCAAGCUCAGCUUGCUUCUAUCAUAUCUGCGUUUUAUCCCCAAGGGAAUCUACAGAUGGAGCACAUUUGCGACCAUCGGUCUCUGCAUUGCCUACCAUAUUGCUUUCUUGGUUGUUCAGAUCAACCUGUGCACACCGAUUGCUAAGCAGUGGGAUCCAACAAUUACCAACGGCUCUUGUAUCCCCGGUGUCCCCUUCUACACCAGCAUGGCUGCCCUGACAAUUGUCUUUGAUAUCGUCGUCAUGUUCCUACCAUUCCCCGUUCUCGCAACCUCGAAGAUCCAAAAGCGCAAGAAGUUCGUACUGCUCGGCCUCUUCGGCCUCGGCGCCUUCAUCACCGUCAUCCAAAUCAUCCGCAUCCAGACCGUCCAUUCUCUCGCCAACUACCUCGACUCUGCCCCCCUUAUCAUGUGGUCCACCGUCGAGAACAACUUGGGAAUAAUCGUCACCUGCGUGCCCACCCUCGCGCCGCUGGUCAAGUACUUCAACGAGAAGAGCAGGUCAGGGAGCAGGAGUAACAAGUACGGAGGCGCAAGCGGCUACGGACGCAGCGCCGCGACUGGCAACGGCAACGUGGGAAGCAGAUACGCGCUGCAGAGCUGGAGGCCGGGGAUGAGCGGCAUGCAGCCCCUGAGCAGCGGCAUCGACCGCAACGAGACGGAGGUCGGCAUCGAGGGCGGCUCAAGAAGGGGGAAGAGCUCCGAUGAUGGGAGCACGGAUUAUCACUUGGAUGCCCCGGUUAUCGUCAAGAAGACGGAGUUCGUGGUGACGAGCAAUCCGAGGGAACCUGAGCAGGUUUGA